UUGACAUUGCACUAUGACCCAAAACGUUGCUCUAAUCCUGGGUUAUGGACCCAAGGUUGGGACUUCUGCUGCUCGAGCAUUUGCAGCAAAGGGCUACAAGGUUGCAAUAGUAUCCCGCACAAAGAAGGACUCGGAAAGCGAAAAAGACUAUGUCCAGAUUCAAGCUGAUCUCUCUGAUCCAUCCUCAGUUGAGGGCAUUUUCUCCAAAGUUAUUACUGAACUUGGGCAUCCAAGCGUUGUGCUCUACAAUGCUUCUUCGCUUGCCUUGGUGAGUUCGUCAACAAUCGCGGAGCAAAUCGCAGCUUUCCAAUCCGAUAACAAUGCCAAUAUUGUGUCUGCGUAUGUUGCGGCGCAAUUGGCCAUCAAAUCUUUCGCUGAGCUGCCUCAACAGUCAUCGAAGACUUUCAUUUAUACCGGAAACAAGCUCCCAUUUAUGGUCGUACGGCCACUAUUAUCUCAGGGCGUUGGAAAGGCCGGCGCGGCACACUUGAUACAUUAUCUCGCGGAAGAGUACAAGGACUCCGGAUACAAGUUUUAUUAUGCUGAUGAGCGCAAAUCGGAUGGAGAUCCGGUUUAUGGCGACAUUGACGGCGAUGCGCACGGCGUAUUUUAUAGUCAGCUGAUUGAGGAAGAGACGCAGGGACCUUGGAACGCGACGUUUGUUAAGGGACAAGGAUACACUGCUUUUUCUGAGGCAGUUGUAAACGAAGCAGUUGUAAUGCAGCCUCCAAAGUGACCAUGUAAAAAAGAAACGCCUCAUACAUUCUAGUGCGUACAGGUGUUUUACCCAAGAAGCAGCAUGUAUAUCUCAUCAAAUUAAAACUGUCGUUCUCUCAG